AUGCUGCCCAACGAAACACCCCAUGACCUGCACGUAGAGGCGGCCCAGCUCGAGGCCCGUCUUCAGGACAUCCGGGCGCGUCUGGCCGCCGACUUCUAUCCCAGCCCACCGGCAUCCCAUCCCGAUAACAAGACUCCCUGGAGUGCGUCCCAGGGCCUAGACACAUAUAACAAUCAUCUCAAUAAUAAAUUCCAAUCGGACUCCGUGCGCUCCUCCUCACUCCACGCUCUCCUACUUCUCUCCGACUCCGCCCUCCCACUGGGCUCCUUUGCCUACUCCAGCGGGCUGGAGUCCUACCUGGCACACAACAAACCCCGACGCACACACACCGUUUCCUCCUUCCACCGCUUCCUCCGCCUCUCCAUCGCCUCCAUCUGCAGCACCUCCGUCCCCUACGUGCUCGCUGGCUACCGCCAGCCCUCGACCCUCGAAACUCUUGAUAACGACCUCGACGCGUCGACGCCCUGCAUCGUUGCGCAGCGCGCGAGUGUCGCGCAAGGCCGCGCCUUGCUUGGUGUGUGGGAGCGUGCGUUCCGGGGGAGCUUCGCUGGUUCGGAGCAAACCCAUAAUAAUGAUAAUGAGGACGCCGAUGCCGGCGCCGCGGUGGGUGCUAUCGACGGCUUCUCGGAGGCAUUGAAGUCUUCCGGAUUUGAUGAUGCGGACGAUCUCGGUCCCAAGGGGCACUUUGCGCCGCUUUGGGGGGUAGUCUGUCGGGCGAUGGGUCUGGAUUUGCAGCAGGCAGCCUAUGUCUUUGUGUUGAAUCAUGCCAAAGCCGUUCUCAGUGCGGCGGUGCGCGCCUCGGUCAUGGGACCGUAUCAGGCGCAGAGUGUGCUGGCGAGCCAGAGUCUGCAGGAUACCAUUAUGAAGCGUAUUCGGCGUGAGUGGCAUACGGAGGUGGAACAGGCUGGACAGGUUGUCCCGGCACUGGAUCUGUGGGUUGGACGUCACGAGUUAUUGUAUAGUAGAAUCUUCAAUUCAUAA